GAGCGACCGGCGGCGCGCACGCGCAGGCAUAACUACUUCACACCUCCAGGAUGGCAAUACACUUCCGCACACUCUUACCUUUGGCAUUGCCUGGAAUGUUGGUGAUCCUUGGCUGGUGGUGGUUUUUCUCUCGGAAAAAAGAACAGAUCAGCAGCAGUGACAAGUCAGCAGAGGCUGGUGCUGUAGCACGGAGGGCUAGCCCUGUCAUCAAGAAACAACUUCCCAUGGAAGAGUCCUCUCCUGGAGUUGUGAUUGCACCCCACAGUGUCACACAGUCGCUGGAAAAGGAACAGUCCCCUGCAGGCAUGCCUUCAGGGGAGCCCUCAGCCGUGCUGCGGAUGCACGUGGUCUGUCGUAGGUCAGAAACCUCAAGUAGCCUUCCUAACACCAUAGACACGAGAUUGCAGCCAGGAACUCUCAGAGACGACAGUGCGAAGGUGGAACUCUCCCUGAUGGGCGAUGAAGUAAAACCUGUUCCUCCCGAGCAUCCCUUCCCACCCCCAAAGGAUGUACCAUUUCCCCAUGAAGCAGCUGACAUGGGCAAGCAAGAGCCUGAGCUGGGAAAGGCUUCAGGGAAUGGCUGGCCCAGCCAAUCUAUGGUUCCCGCAGAGAAGCGUGGUCCUGGAGAGAAGGCAAGAGAGACAGGUGGGGCUGAGGGGACUGGCGAUGCAGCAUGGGGAGAGAAUGUGCAUGAAGAAGGUCUCUUAUCCCAGGAGCGUGUCCCAGAAUUGGAGAGCAGUAAGGUCCUUGGCCUGGCUCCCUUGGGAGGUGGGGGAGAGAAGGGGAGCAGUGGCUUUCACCGAGCGGGCAGGCACUCGCAGAAGGAAGAGCGCGUAGUUGGAAAGACAUUGAGCAAUGUGGAGUCGGCUCACCCAGAGCUGGUGAAGGAGGAGACCCAGGUCACCCAGAUCAGAAAUGGCAAAGUCUGUGACAGAGAAGUAGGCAAAGAAGAGACGGUGGGUAAAAAUGAGCAGAUUGAAAAGGCUGCCUUCCAGAUCAUCUCCCAAGUGAUCUUGGAAGCGACUGAAGAGGUGCUGGCUAGCACAGAAGGCAAGAUGGCAGACCAGGUGCAUCAAGCCUUCCCCAUCCAAGCCCAAGGGCAGGAGGAAGAGAGCUGGGCCUCAGCCAGCCAGAAAACUCUCCUGGGGCAAGACGCCACAAAGCCUGCUACACCCACAGCAGGGACAGCCACCAGCCCGCUAGACACUUCCCUGGCCUCACCCACCUUGCUAGCAGAGGACCUGCUACCACCAAAGACCUAUGUGAGCUGCCUGAGCAGCCCUCUCUCCAGCCCCACUAAGGAGGGGAAGCCAAAGAACUCCGCACACCACAUCUCCCUGGCGGCCUGCCUACCACCAGCUACGCCCUCGGUAGAGUCAGUGGAGGAGACGAGCAUCCUGGGAAGAGAUGCCACGUGUGUCACCUGUAUGUCGGGCAACACCCAGAGUGUUCCUUCUGUGGCCUCCUCUGGGCAGUGCUCAGAUUCCCUCAGCCCUUCAGGGCUUGACGGCAGUUUCACAGAGAACAACUCGAGCCCCAGGGACAAGGCCAUUAGCCCGCCACUGCCAGACAGUACUGGGCCCUUCAGCAAUGGGGUGCUGAAGGGGGAGUUAUCAGACUUGGGGGCUGAGGAUGGAUGGACCAUGGACGCGGAAGGAGAUCACUCGGGAGGCUCUGACAGGAACAGCAUGGAUUCGGUGGAGAGUGGGUGUGGGCUCAAGAAGGCCGACAGUCUCCAAAAUGCCCAGGCAGAUUCCAACCCUAAGAAGGUGGACCUCAUCGUCUGGGAGAUCGAGGUGCCCAAGCACUUGGUGGGCCGGCUUAUUGGCAAGCAGGGCCGCUAUGUGAGUUUUCUGAAGCAGACGUCUGGUGCCAAGAUCUACAUCUCCACGCUGCCUUACACCCAGAACAUCCAGAUCUGCCACAUUGAAGGCUCCCAGCAUCACGUGGACAAAGCUCUGAGCUUGAUUGGAAAGAAGUUUAAGGAACUGAAUCUCACCAAUAUCUAUGCCCCUCCAUUGCCUUCCCUGGCGCUGCCUUCCUUACCGAUGACAUCCUGGCUCAUGCUCCCUGAUGGCAUCACUGUGGAGGUGAUUGUGGUCAACCAGGUCAAUGCUGGACAUCUGUUUGUACAGCAGCACACACACCCCACCUUCCACGCCUUGCGCAGUCUGGACCAGCAGAUGUACCUCUGCUACUCUCAGCCUGGGAUCCCCACCUUGCCCACCCCAGUGGAAAUAACAGUCAUCUGCGCUGCCCCUGGUGUGGACGGGGCCUGGUGGCGAGCUCAGGUGGUUGCCUCCUACGAGGAGACCAAUGAGGUGGAGAUUCGCUACGUGGACUACGGUGGAUAUAAAAGGGUGAAAGUAGACGUGCUCCGGCAAAUCAGGUCGGAUUUUGUGACCUUGCCAUUCCAAGGAGCAGAGGUCCUUCUGGACAGUGUGAUGCCCCUGUCAGAUGACGACCAUUUUUCACCUGAAGCAGACGCAGCUAUGAGCGAGAUGACGGGAAACACAGCACUGCUUGCCCAGGUGACAAGUUACAGUCCAACUGGCCUGCCCCUGAUCCAGCUGUGGAGCGUGGUUGGAGAUGAAGUGGUGUUGAUAAACCGGUCGCUGGUGGAGCGAGGCCUUGCACAGUGGGUCGAUAGCUACUACGCCAACCUUUGACCCUAGCCCCCAAAGCCACUUCUUGAGUCUUUUUUUGCACUGUUGGAAUUUGGCUUGGCCCUCGAGACAAAAGAUUUAACAUCAGAGUAACAACAAACAUUGUCUUUGCGGAUCCUCUUUGCCCCCCUGUUCUGUAUUCUGUUGAAGACGCGGCUCCUUGCAGAGGAGCGGUGGGUUCUCAGAGCCCUAGGCCGGUGUUUCGCAAGCCAGCUGCUUUCUCCUCAGCUCUCAACGGUUUCAAAGGAAGUGAAGGGAAGCAUCUCCGCCGGGUUGCCUGCGCUCCUCCGCGCCCCCCUUCCACACCCGCACACACUGCAGGCCAGACAGGGCAGGCCUGUGACUCGCCUGGGAGGGUUUCUUUUGCUUCCGUCUUCCUUCAAGGAGCCAGACAUGAACUGAAUGGUAUGGAUGCCCUGUGCAGCUCACACAAAUGAAGUGGUGGCGCUUAGCCCGUUUUUACAUAUUUCCUCUAGGUCUGUAGGAACCCAGACUUUUUAAUGCAGAUGUAAAUACAGAGCAGUGGUCACACCCGGCCCUGCUCAGGGGCGGGGAACGAUAAUCUUGCCAAGCCUGGUUGUAAUUUGUAACCAUUUUCUAUUUGUGCAAAUAUUGUGUAAAUAUAUGUUUAAAAAAAUGUAAUAUUUUGUAUAAGACACACUGGAGAACAAAGGGAACGCGAGGUUUUCCACGUCACACACUUGGCUGGUAAGUGGAAGCUAGUCGUGGAGUGGGACGCGCUGCCAGCUCCCGCAGCCGGGCCCACGGCUUCCUGCCUACCACAUGGGGACUUGGGGACACGGGGACUGGGGAUUGGGGACAUGGGGUCUGGGUGGGAUGGGCUAUCAAUUGGGGAGUUUUUGCUGUACACAUUUGUUUAAAAAAAAAUAACUAAUUGAAUUACCUUACAGUGGUAUCAUUUGAUUCUUUUUUAGACUGGCUUCAGCAUUGUGCAGUUUAAGGAUAAGUAACUUAAGUAACUUGAACUUCUAUAAAUCUUGGAAUUGUA